AUGCCGAUUGUUCCUGAAAAUUCAGAGAGGUUAGAGAACAGUGUUUUUGCGAUACUAAGCUCUGUAAAUCGUGAAAACCUCCCUGUUCUAUACCCUGGUCCGUGUGACUUGCUUGACACAACCAGCCCUACAUGGUUUAAAUUUUUAACUGAUCUCUCCCUGGUCAUCCCGACGAUUCUUGCAGAAGGAUGGGUUCAUGCAUGGCCGACAUACUGCGACAUUCCCGAUCAUUUUAAAGAACGCUGGUUUCUUCAAUUCGCUAGUCAUUUAUUCAAAUGGGCGGAUGAGUGCUUGGUGGAAGAGGUUGAAGAUAUUAAGGCAGUGAUAAAUGGCAUGAAUAGAGACAUCUCGGAGUUGCGAGUUAACGUUGCUCGGUUGGCGAAUGGAGUAAAGACAGAAUCUGAGAGAAAAGGAGGCGAAUGUUUGAGUGAGAGUCGGUGUUUGAGGAAUGUGGUUGUUUGUGUGGCUGGAAUGGCGAUACUUUGCUACUACUACUUCUCUAUGGAUGUUUCUGAUGUUAAAUCACGGGGUUACCCUCCAAGACUUUAUCCUGUAGGGUCUUCUAACCUAGAAAAUAAAGAUAUUAAUCAAAAUUUCCGUUCACGAGAUUUACCUCAUAUUAUAGAAACACUAGGAGAAGAUGUAUGGAAAGCACUGGUGAACUCUCCCAUUGGAGUAGUUGCUAGGCUAGUUGAACGCCGAAGCGUGUGGUCUGGUAGAACAGUACACUAUCUACUAUGUAGACAGCUGCGAGUACAUAGGAAGGAGAUAUGGAGUCUGGUGGUUGAUGAGCCUAUCAGGUUUAACUUGGUAGAAUUUGGUGAGAUAACUGGGUUAAACACUGGUCCAUUGCCAACAGAAAGUUUUGAACCUGAUCCUGAUAAAUACAAACCGUUUUGGGCGAAGCUGAAGGUGUCGCUUGGGAGGGGACCCACGUUGGAUGAACUGAAGAACUCAAUAGAGGUCUGCCCGAGUUGGACAUUUAAAGAGCGUAAAUGGCUAGGGUUAUUAGUUCUUCAACACAUGGUACUUUAUUGUUUGCAUCAAAAUUCUCGGGUGCCAUUUGAAAGUGCCAAAAGAGUGUUUGACGAUGAAGCCAUGAAGUCGUAUCCAUGGGGUCGGACUGCAUACGAAGUUCUCAUUGACUCUAUUAAAACGUUGGCUCCAGACAGGGGGUCAUACACAUUAAGCGGCCUAAAGGAUGCGUUAUUGAUUUGGGCGUAUGAAUCCAUCGUCUGCUUUGGCGAGUGUUUUGGGAGAGUGGUGAAUAAUGAAGACGUUCCACUUUUACGAUGGGGUGGAAAGCGUACUCGUGCAAAUUUCGAAAACUUGUUGUCUGCCGAGAUAAAACAACAUAGCCAGGUGCGUGUUAGGAGAAUGGUUUCGAAGGAGUCAAUCGAAGAGUUGUUGCCUGAAUGGUCGUGUCAACCUGACGACCCACAACUCGUUAACUUGAUAACAGACAUACAUGCAGGUAGAUUUGUAAAAGGUUUUUGGGAAGUGCAUGGAAAUGCGGAGGGGAAGGGUAACGAGAAGAAGAAGAAAGCUGAGCCACCCAAUAAGAAGCAGAAUAAAGUUAAGACCAAUGAGGGUGAAGCUGCUGCAACGGGAAAGGGUUCAAGCGAAGAGGAAGGUAAUAAAGAUUCGGGGAACAACGCGAGUCUGAUGGCCAUUGCGAGUACUCUGGAUAAACUUUCCAGAAAAUUUGAUCUGAUGGACGCGCGAUUUAAAAAACCAUUGGUGGACCAGAAGUCGAUAGAUGACAUGGUGAAAGUUGCAGUGGAGGAGCGUCUGAAAGUUAUGGGGAUAGGAAAAAAUCCCCAAAACAAAGAAAACCUUUCGAACGUCGCCGCCGACCAACAACCUGAACCGUUGUCAUCACCGCAGCCUAAUACCCAGCAGAAGUUUGUCUGUAGUCCACUGUUAGCUGAAACCCCUGGAAAGGAUAUGGGACCUAGGAACAAUUUGUCCAACGAGCUUGAUAAGGAGAGAGGGAUGAAAAAAACUUUAGCUAAGGAGUUUGGAACACAUGCUGAAGAUGAGGGUGCUAAUGUUCUUGAUUUCCUAUAUGUUUCUCCUGCAAAGGCAACUAAGGCUGAAGACUUACGUCGCCGCUCCACGCGCAACCGUACUAUAAAGGAUGAGGAUGCAGAAGAUAAGAAAAAAGCUGUGCAAGCAGAGGCUGUGUUGAAGAAGAAGGAGAAAGCUGCCGCUAAGAGAAAAGCGGCUGCCUCAAUGAAGCAAAAACAGCCUGAGUUAAAGAAACCAAAACAGGCUGAGUUAAUGAAUGAAGAACAGGCUGAGUUAAAGAAUCAAGAACAGGCUGAGUUAAUGAAUGAAGAACUGGCUGAGUUAAAGAAUCAAGAAGCCGAUAAUGAGAAGAGAAAGAAUAUAACUACACCGCGUGCCAAUGUAAAAAGAUGCAAGGUUGAAGAUUCUGUAGAGGACAGUGAAUUUGCUGUAAUGACCGACGAAGUUCUUGCGGAGGAGAAUGAAAUCUUGCCGGAGUCGCCUAUGGCGAGUCAGGAAUUGAUUAGAUCUGCUAUAGUAAAGGAAUAUCGGGAGAAAAUGGUUAAAUUAUCUCCACAAGGGUUUGUAUUGUCUGAAGGUUCUUCAAGACCAGUUUUUCCGUACAUUGGAGACAAUGGAACGACGUGCAUGAGGAAUAAUGUUGAGCCUUCAUCAGCAAUAUAUGACCCUAUAGCACCUGUUGAUCCGAUUGUAUUGGAUAAACUUAUGCAACACAUCUCGAGAAUUCCACCCAAACCACCAGCACCAGCAAAGAAAAGAGUUGUAAGAUCCGCCGCUCGUGAGGGUGACUUCUACAGCAUACUCAUCCUUGAAAGACCGUGGCCGCAUAGCCAAUAUGGAUGGUUGUUUGAUGAUCAUAUCUCUGCGUAUAUUAACGUCCUCAUUAAGAGGUCCAUGCGAGAUCCCACCCCAUUCUGGACCAAGCGAAUUGCCUUCAUUGAUCCUUGGUUCUUGAAGAAGUGGGUUGACGAUUACAAGCAGUUCAAGAUAAAACCUAAUAUGAUGAAGUUCACAGGAAUGUGGUAUGAACACGUGGAUCACUUGUACGGAUGUCUUCCAACCGGCGGAAAUCACUGGGUGGCUUUUCACGUGGAUCUGAAGAAGGUUAAGGUUGAUUGCUAUGAUUCAAUCAUUGGAGAGGUAACAGCCAAAAGUGCUUCGAAAAUGCUUGAAGAGUUUAAACCGAUAACGCUUAUGCUUCCCGAUAUUUUGAAUCAAAACAUUCCUGCCAAUCUCCGAACCCCGAGUAGGAAGAAGUUCGCAUUCAGGAGGAUGAGCAAAAGGUACACUCCACAAAACACCCAGAUUGGCGAUUGUGGGGUGUAUGCGUUGAAGUUUGUGGAGUGUCUAGCGCUUGGUGUAAGUUUUGCUGGGAUAAACGAUAAAAAUAUUCAAGGUUUACGGUUGAAGAUGGCGGCAAAGAUCCUCGAUGAAGGAGGAAACAGGGCGUAG